AGUUGUUCUCAGUUCUCACUCUUUAGUUCAGCUCCGACUGUCAAGCAUCGAAGAACCUUGCGUUCUCAACGAAUAUAGUUAGCUUUCUCUUUCGUUUUAAGACGUUAUAUACACCUGACCGAAAGAGUGUUUCAGUGCAUCGUUCGUACACCAAGUGGGAAGUGCGUUCUGUUUUGAUAUCUCCAACUCACGUUAACGGUAGUGACGGCGCCAUGGGACACGGUGCGGAAAUGAAUGGAUGUGGCAAGUGCCUGAAAUAUCUGAUGUUCACCUUUAAUUUAUUAUCAUUGGUUGGUGGGAUCGUGGUGAUGGCCGUUGGUAUUUGGACAUGUGUAGACCACGCCUACAUGGAACAGUUGCUUGGAACCAAUCUAUAUAUGAGUGCGGCCUACAUUCUUAUCGCGACUGGCGUUGUGGUCAUCCUCAUCUCCUUUUUAGGAUGUCUCGGAGCCGUUAAAGAAAUUAAAUGCAUGCUCCUCACCUAUUUUAUAGUGAUGUUCGGCAUAUUUGUGACUAUGCUGGUUGGUGGUAUUUUGGGUUAUGCCUUCCGCUCGAAUGUUGCUGUUUCAAUGAGAACGCGAAUGUACUCUUCUCUCGGCGAAUAUGGCGUUAACAGAGUCGUGACAGAUGCGUGGGACUUCACUCAAUCCAAGUUACGUUGUUGCGGAGUCGAAGGUUUUGAUGGUUACAGAAUCUGGAGAACAGAAAAUCGCAACUUCAACAGCAAUUCGCAAGUACCACUCUCGUGUUGUCAGAAAAUAUGGACAAGUGGUCAAAUUGGAAGUACCGGACUAAUUAAUAGCGGAAUGCUCAAUUCCGGUCAAAUGGAUAUGACUGGACAGUCGUACAUGCCUUGUCAAGGAUCUCCAAACAGCAAUACGGCAUACUUGAUUGGUUGCUAUGAAAAGGGCCUCUUAGCCGUUCAAGAACAAGCAGCGAUUGUUGGAGGGGUAGGGAUAGGCAUCGCAUUUGUCACGCUAAUGGGAAUGAUUUUUUCGAUGGCUCUCUUCAACAUGAUAAAAUAGCGAUGAAAUGCGUUAGUUUAAAGUUUAAACGACGUUAUUUUUUAAUUUCAUUCCAUCCCGAAAUAAAAGAAAAUGAUCUGGUUGUUUGCUUGUAAUAUUAGAGUAUAUUGUAAUUUCGUGAUUACUAUUGCGUGGUUGCCCACUAUCCUGUCAAAUGUGAAUUCUGCAUCUGCAUGGUGUGAUGCGCUUUUUGUACCCAACGUUCUUAUUUCCUUAUUCCUCACUAAGAAUUCUUUUUCAUUUCGUUGGACAACUUUCACGAAUUGAGAAAAAUCUUGAUCAUGACGUGCAUAUGGAUUGUCAAACGUGUGAAUGGCACCUUUCGACUGUCGUAGUAAAAACACUGUUAGUGCAGUUUCACUCUAGAAUCUAAAGUCAAUCGAAUGUCAAUUUUAUGACAGACUGGACUCCUCAGAAAUGGCUCGAUAAUUUGUCAACUUUAGUUCUAGUCAGUUGGCAUGCACUUUCAAUAUAAUACACAUUCUCGGCGUAUUUUAUUUAAAAA